ACACUACUUCUGCUCCACGCGCCCUCACUCUCAAGCCGCCUCCAGCCCUUCACCUUCAACACCAUGAGCAACUCUGACAAGUUCGAGCAGGACGACGCCAUCGUCGCCGACGAGUCGGUCCCGCAGCAGCCAGCUGGCGUCCUUGACAGCAACGACGACGAGCUCUCGACCGACCAGGGCAUCAACGCGCCCGAGGACGGCAACUACGAGUCGGUCAAGGGCAACGAGAUCUCGAAGGACGAGUUCGAGAACGACGAGUUCGACGGCGUCAAGAAGGAGAACAUCCUCGACUCGAACGAGCGCUCGACGCGGUCCAAGACCAACUUUGCCAAGGCCGACGAGGAGGCCGACAAGCUCGUCGACCAGGUUGCCGACGGUGCCAACGACGGCACCUCGCGCAUCGCCUGAGCGUCCACCUCGACGCAGUGCUCCUCCUCGACGCGUCGCUCGCCUCUUCUCCCGAGACCGGCGGCGCCUAAUCUAGUCGCAGUACUAUAUCGAAUGUCAUGUACACAGAUGUGCCCC